GCUUUCGACCGCAGGCAAUCCGCUCCGAGGACGAUCAUAUGAUUCCUCUCGAUCUUCGCCAACUGUCCAAAAUGGCCUGUCUAUGAGAUUUUACCAAUGGCCCACCCUCACCGAAAUUCUAAUUCUAAUGCCAGCUUAUAACCAUCGCCGUAGAACAUGGAAAGAUGAAGGAAUCUCUCUCUCUCUCUCUCUCUCUCUCUCUCUCAUUUUCGCCGACGUUGAAAAUUCCACGUUUCAGAUCGAAAUCCAAUGAAAAGCAAAAGCAAUGAAAAGAAAGAAAGAGAGAGCUUAUUCUGUGCAGAUGGGCUCUUUCCUCUCUCUCUCCUUAUUAUUCUUCUUCUUCUUCUCUCUUCUUCAGCUUUCUACAGUCGUUGAUGGCAGAAAUCCCUCAACACAUUCUUUCACGCCUAUCAUACGCGAUCUCUACCAUUCGAGCGAUUCUUUGAUGAAACGGGUGAAGGCAUUGGUGGGCCGACAUCCUGACAGAUUAACUAUGGAGACGAUUAGAGCUGGAAGUAAGGGCUAUUCUUCAGAGAUCUUAGUAGUUACAUACAAUCGCGUUAAGAAAGAUAUCGACAGUAGUUCAAAGUUCCGUAUCCUUCUUAGUUUUGGACAGCAUGGGAGGGAGCUUAUUACUUCUGAAGUUGCAUUGCGGCUCUUGGGAAUUUUAAGUGAAGAGCACAAGAUUCCCCGCAUUGAUAUGUUUUCCUUAAACAAGAUAUUGGAGAACCUUGUGAUAAAGGUGGUGCCGAUGGAAAAUCCAAAUGGCCGCGGGCUUGUUGAAGCAGGAGAUCUUUGUGAGAGGAGGAAUGGAAGGGGGGUUGAUCUCAACCGAAAUUGGAGUGUUGACUGGGGCAAAAAGGAAAAAGAUUUUGAUCCAUAUGAAGAAAACCCCGGAUCCGCUCCUUUUAGUGAGCCCGAGACUCAAAUAAUGCGGAAAAUCUCCAAAUCAUUCAAUCCACACAUAUGGGUGAACGUGCACUCAGGAAUGGAGGCUUUGUUCAUGCCAUACGACCACAGAAAUACUACACCAGUUGGAUUCGCAGCGGAUAUAAUGAGGUCAAUGCUAGAAAACUUGAACCAUCUGCAUUGUCAAGAUAGAUGCUUAGUUGGCUCUGGUGGGGGCUCUGUCGGGUAUCUAGCACAUGGCACUUCAACGGAUUAUAUGCAUGACAUUGUCAAGGUGCCAAUGGCUUUCACAUUUGAGAUUUAUGGAGAUUCGGAGACGUCAUCGAAAGACUGCUUUAAAAUGUUCAACCCCAUUGAUCGAAUCACUUUCAACAGAGUUGUUAGCAGCUGGACUGCAGCGUUUAUCACGAUUUUCAAGACCGGGCCCACCUGGCUGGAUAAGAUCCGUUCGGAGGCCUCAUCCAAUUCAGGUAAAUGGGUUUCUAUUGACACUUAUGUAGAAGACAAUUCGAAGGGGAGGAGCAAGAGUUCCAGGAGAAUGGAAAUGCUUGACCUUGGUAUGCAAGAGUUGAGAACUUAUUUCAGGCUCUUUCUAUUGUCGUCGGUCUUGUUGAUGUUCAUGUUCUGUUCAAGAAUCUCAAAGAACAAGUGUAAAGUGAUUUUGCCAACCCCAUCUCAUUGAAUUUGAAUACAGCUACAUUAUCACUCAUCUACUGCUAUAUAGAAAUAGAAGAGAGAUGUAUUUGUUGA